AAAGAAAUCUUAAUUAUGGCAUAUGAAAACUUAAAAAUAUCUCAUCAUAUAUCUUCAUUCAAAAAUUUACUGAAAGCAAAAAAACUAAUGGCAGCUUUGGCAUCAAACCCUCAAAUGCUAACUAGACAAGCCCACGGUAACAAGAAGGAACAAUUUUGGAGGAAAGAGAGUUUGAAUUUGGAGAAGAAGUGUGGGUUUUGUGUAAGCGUUUACAAUAAUGAAAAGCUUGGGAGGUCACAUAUGGAGAAAGAGCGGAGACUAAAAGCCUUUUGGUCAAACAUAUCUCAGCCUACGACUUUGGAGAUGGAACCCAUUAACAACGUUGAAGAACUCGAUGCUGUUCUCUCUCACGCACGCCAACUCUCUCAGCCUAUCAUCAUCGAAUGGAUGGCUUCUUGGUGUCGUAAAUGUAUUUACUUGAAGCCUAAGUUGGAGAAAUUAGCUGCAGAAUAUAAUAACCGAGCAAAGUUUUACUAUGUGGAUGUAAACAAGGUCCCUCAAACCUUGGUGAAACGUGGAAACAUUUCGAAAAUGCCCACUAUUCAGUUAUGGAAGGAAGAUGAGAUGAAAGAAGAGGUGAUAGGAGGUCACAAAGGUUGGCUUGUCAUCGAAGAAGUUAGAGAAUUGAUCAACAAAUAUGUCUAGUUCUCAUUUUUUUCCUUCCUUUUUUUUUUUCUCUAAUAUGUACAGUCAGUUUUCUUAUUUCCUUUAUUUACAGUUUAUAUCCAAUUUCAAACUUAAAAACUCUUUUUUCGGUAAUCAAGAAAUUUCACAAUUACAAUUCAAA